UGCGCGCGUCCCUUGAAGCUCCUGCCCCCAGCGCGCCUCAUUUGCGCCAUUUUGUGAGCGCGCGGUGGUGAUUGGGUUUCUGCGCGCUGUACUGGAGCCAAUCAGAGGGACAUCGGACAACCGAGAAACGACUAGGGUGAUUUGGGACGAAAAUGGAGCAGUACAACUCCACAAGCAGUGGGGAGCAGAUAGUAGUUCAGCCAGCAAAUGGGCAAGUCCAACAGCAGGCACAGGGCACAGUAACAGCUGUACAGCUGCAGACCGAAGCGCCCGUCGCUACGGCGACGGGUCAGCAAGUGCAGACCCUCCAGGUAGUCCAAGGUCAACCCCUCAUGGUGCAAGUGAGUGGAGGUCAGCUGAUCACCUCCUCUGGGCAGCCAAUUAUGGUGCAGGCGAUGUCUGGAGGCCAAGGCCAGACUAUUAUGCAGGUGCCUGUCUCUGGAGCUCAAGGCCUGCAGCAGAUUCAGUUGGUGCAGCCGGGACAGAUCCAGCUGCAGGGGGGGCAGACCCUGCAGUUGCAGGGACAGCAGGGCCAGGCCCAGCAGAUUAUCAUCCAACAGCCCCAAACUGCGAUUACUGCAGGACAGAACCAGGGCCAACAGAUCACAGUACAGGGGCAGCAGGUUGCUCAGACUGCUGAAGGGCAGACCAUUGUGUACCAGCCUGUGAAUGCAGAUGGUACUGUGCUGCAGCAGGGCAUGAUAACCAUCCCUGCAGGUACUCUGACUGGCACCCAGAUUGUGCAGGCAGCAGGGGGCGCCAACACCUCCACUACCAACAGCGGCCAGGGCACAGUCACAGUCACCCUGCCGGUGUCCGGCAACGUCGUCAACACUGGAGGGAUGGUCAUGAUGGUUCCUGGAGGAGGCACAGUACCCACCAUCCAGCGCAUCCCUCUGCCAGGGGCUGAGAUGCUGGAGGAAGAGCCACUCUAUGUUAACGCCAAACAGUACCACCGCAUCCUUAAGAGACGGCAAGCCCGUGCCAAGCUCGAGGCUGAGGGCAAGAUCCCCAAAGAGAGGCGGAAAUACCUGCAUGAGUCACGACACAGACACGCCAUGCAGAGGAAGCGGGGUGACGGUGGCCGCUUCUUUUCGCCAAAGGAUAAAGAGGAUGGUCUGCCUGGGCAGGAGCAGCAAGAGCAGAAUCAGGCAGGAGAGGAGACAGUGUCCCAGAUGAUACGCGUAUCAUAGCAGCAGGUUCGAGAACCCCCUCGACUCGGAAGCCCUAUUCAACCAGCACCCCAAAAAUAAAACCAUGCAUAUCGUCAACUCCGCCCUUAACACAACUCUAGCCCAAAAGGCAAUACUGUGUCUCGCCCCUCUCUCCUUUUCCACUGUAAGCGAGGGUCUGGCUUUUUUUCGCCAGUUUCAGCCAUGACCAGUAGUGACGAGCAUGAAGGAGAAACAUUUACGUUACCUGUAGAGAGGUUAGUGAAUUUGGUUCAUUGUGCUCAGAAAGUAUAAGGCUAACAAAUGGCCCUGGAUACUGUGAUCUGUUCCUCAGAACAGACCAUAGAACAAAUGUACAGUGAAGGCUGACUAAGUAGUUAGUGUAUAAAGAUUAUUUUAAAGUUUUAUAAUUUCUUUUGAUUUUGUCAUGUGGUGCUUUUGCAUUAAAAAAAAAAAAGCUUUGGUAAAAAAAAAAAAAGUCAGGAUAGUGAGUCAUGUGACCUAGUUAGUGCACACUUAUCUUUUGCUCAAGUGUCAGUGCUCUGUGUAGUUCUUCUCUUUUUCAUUGGGACAACAGGGGGUGAGGGGUGGGCCAAAGCAAAGAGUUUUGCAAUGUAUCCUGUUCACCAGGGGAUUUGUGCCUCUGGGGCUCAGCCUUGUUACAUCAUUGCUUGUAACAUGAAUACUUUUUACAUUCAAAUUUUGAUAAUCUUACUAGGAUUUGUAAUUAGAGGAAAGUCUUUUUGCAAUUCUUACCAUUGUGCCCGUUGUUGAUGGUCUUUCCGCACUACAUGUCUUCCUCUUUCUUUUGAAAUAGCCUCUUCCCCUUCCCUUAUUCUGCCUGUCUGUAGAUACUUUUUUUUUGAUGAAUUAUGUAUGACAUUGCAGUCUUUGAACAUGAUGUUUUUUGAUUAAAUUGUGUCCGGUCAGUGGCAAUCUUCCACA